AUGGCGAAGAAGGUUCUGCUGCUCGGUGCGGGCUUCGUGACGAGACCCUCUGCGGUCGAGCUAGACAAGGCUGGUGUGGCUGUCACAGUCGCCUGCCGAACGCUUGAAAGCGCGAAGAAGCUCGCAGAAGGACUGAAGAAUGCCAGCGCAAUCUCUCUCGAUGUCUCCGACAGCAGUGCCCUCGAGAAAGAGAUCGGGAAGGUCGACCUCGUUAUUUCCCUCAUCCCAUACACGUUCCACGCCAUGGUGAUCAAGGCCGCAAUCAACCAGAAGAAGGAUGUCGUCACGACCUCAUACGUUUCUGAGGCCAUGAUGGCUCUCGACAAGGACGCGAAGGACGCAGGGAUUACGGUCAUGAACGAGAUUGGCUUGGACCCAGGCAUUGAUCACUUGUAUGCCGUCAAGACGAUCGACGAAGUCCACAAGGAGGGAGGCAAGGUUCUCGGGUUCUGGUCGUAUGUUGGAGGUCUGCCAGCACCGGAGGCGUCCGACAACCCUCUCGGCUACAAGUUCUCGUGGUCGCCUCGUGGAGUCCUCCUCGCUGCGAGGAACACCGCACACUUCUACGAAGAUGGACAGAAGAAGACAAUCGAGGGCGAGAACCUGAUGAAGAGCGCGAAACCAUACCUCAUCUACCCUGGCUACGCUUUCGAGGCCUACCCAAACCGCGACAGCACUCCAUACCGCGAGCGGUACAACAUGCCCGAAGCUCAGACCGUCAUCAGAGGUACUCUGCGGUAUCAAGGCAACCCGUCUCUCGUUCAGACGUUCCGCGACCUUGGCAUGCUGAGCGAGGAGAAGCAGGACUUCCUUCAGUCGAAGAUUGCGUGGAAGGAUGCCUUUGCGAAGAUUGUGGGCUCGAGCAGCAGCAAGGAGCAAGAUCUCACGUGGGCGGUGGACUCGAAGUCCAAGUUCAACAGCACGCAAGAGAAGGAUCGCAUCGUUGCUGGUCUGCGGUGGGUGGGCCUGUUCGGUGACGAGAUGAUUGAGCCACGAGGCACACCUCUCGACUGCCUGUGCGCCACGCUCGAGAAGAAGAUGAAGUACGAGGAGGGCGAGCGCGACUUCGUGAUCCUCCAGCACAAGUUCGAGAUCCAGCACAAGGACGGCAGCAAGGAGAUGCGCACUUCAACUCUUUGCGACUACGGCGAGCCUGAAGGCAGCGGCGGGUACAGUGCGAUGGCUAGGCUGGUCGGCGUGCCCUGCGCGGUGGCUGUGUUGAUGAUCUUGAACGGCGAAAUCAAGGAGAAGGGUAUUCUCGCGCCUGUCACGGCUGACCUUGCGGAGCCGAUUCGGUUGAAGCUGAAGGACCAAUACGGCAUUGACCUUCUGGAGAAGACACUUGCAUGA